UUGCUAUUCCUACGAUGGAGCCAUAACACGAAAAAUUUAUUGAUGUUACUUGAAUACUGGGCAUUCAUUAGUAUUGUAUAUUCAUUUCAAUUAAAUUUUGUUGAAGUAUAUAAAGGAGAACCUGUUUUAUGUGUACUUUUUUGAUACAUGUUAGAUUCCUACUCAAUGCUGGUUUAAAUUCAGAUAACCUAAUUCAUUGUUGUUAAACACUUGCAUAAAUCUUAUUAAAAACCUCAGACAAUAACAAUGGCAGACGACGAAGUGGAUCCCAAAGAGUAUCGAUGGGAAACCGGCUAUGAGAAAACUUGGGAGGCAAUCAAAGAAGAUGAGGAUGGUUUGGUGGAAGGCCUGGUGGCGGAGUUCGCCCAAAAGGCGGCUCGGAAGGCAGCGGCGCCGCGCAAAGGGCCCGUGAGGCUGGGCAUGAUGCGGCAUCUUCUGGUAGCCGUGGACUGCUCCGAGGCGAUGAGCUGCCAGGAUAUAAAACCUACUAGAUUCCUUUGCACACUAAAGUUGUUAGAGAGAUUUAUAGAAGAAUUCUUUGAUCAAAACCCCUUGAGCCAACUGGGCCUGGUGCUCAUGAAGAACAAGAGAGCAGAAAGGCUCACAGAAAUGUCAGGAAAUCUUAGAAAACACAUAAAGGCUGUACAAGGCUUGUCAAAUAUAGCCCUGAUUGGUGAGCCAUCACUGCAGAACACAUUGGAGUUUGCAAGUCGAGUCCUCAAGCCCCUUCCUGGACAUGCUUCAAGAGAACUUCUAGUGUUAUUUGCCUCACUCACUACUUGUGACCCGGGGGACAUAACUACAACUAUACAGAGUCUUAAGACCGACGGUAUCAGGUGUAGUGUAAUAGGGCUGGCAGCUGAAGUUAGGAUCUGUAAGAAGUUAUGUCAAGAUACUGGUGGCGAAUAUGGGGUGAUACUAGACGACGUCCACUACCGCACCCUCCUGCUGGACUGCACGGCGCCGCCGGCGCGCGCGCGCAGCCUGGACGCGGGGCUCGUGAAGAUGGGCUUCCCGCACGCGCCGCCCUCCGAGCAGGACAACAGCGCGCCCCCGCCCGUCACGCAGUGCAUGUGUCACUUGGAAGAGGGUGAAGGCGUAGGCACGGAGGGCCACCUCUGCCCGCAAUGUCGCAGCAAAUACUGCUCCCUGCCCGCUCAGUGUCGGACUUGCGGCCUCACGUUGGCGUCAGCGCCACAUCUAGCCAGAUCUUACCAUCACCUGUUCCCUGUGGAGCCGUAUGAAGAAAUACCAAAUGAAGGCCAAGCUCAGUACUGUUUUGGGUGUUUAAGGCCUUUUGUGGAUCUAGAUAAAGAAUUGCACCGCUGCCCACGUUGCCGCGAGCAUUACUGCUGGGAAUGUGCAAGUGCGGUCGCGGCGACACUGCAUGUGUGUCCGGCUUGCGCCUCGCGUCCACACCUGUACCAGCGGCUGCCGGACCACGAGUGAAGCGAAGACAUGUGUGUAUGUCACUUGUACUGUGCCCGCUCGGGUCGCCAACUAUUGAAGUUCUCAUUCACGGCCACAGAUAUUUAUAGUGUUAAGUAGGUACUACUGCUGGGAAUGCGCAAGCGCAGUCACGGCCACACUGCAUGUGUGUCCGGUGUGCGCCUUGCUUCCACACCGGUACCAGCGGCCGGACCACGGAUGAAACGAGUACAUGUGUGUAUAUCUAACAUCGGCUCGCUGUAAUUGAAGUAUUCAUUCGAGACCACCGAAAAGAUAAUAAUAGUACUAUUCGUACAGUUCGUACUACUGCUUCUCAGCAACCAUUCUCAUGCUUGAGCGCCGUAGCCACACCUGAUGUGAUUCACUUCCACACCUGUACCAGCAGCUUCAAGACCACGAGUGAAGUGAGGACUGACUAGGUAAGGUUUUAGUGUGUAGCUUACUUAUGUAUAAAAUGUUCUAGCGCUUUACCCUAAUAUACACUAAAAUCAAUAAAACACGGCUUUCUUGAGUAGCGCUGAAUUAUAUUCAACAUUGAAAUAAAACAGUAUAUUUUUGUAAA